AUGUGCUACAUCCCUUUCUACGAGGUCAGGUGCGAGCAGUGCGGCUUCAUCUACAUGAGGGACAAGAAUGCCACGAAGCGCUGUGGGCAGAAGCAGCCCUGCAAAAAGGCCGAACAGCUGAGCAUUGGCGAAACCACCAGAGGAUACUGCCACCUUUGCUUGGGAUUCCAUGAUGGGCGAUAG